AAAAUUAAUCUUAGUAUUAGAAUUAUAAUGAAAAUUUUUGCACGCAUUGGCACUUUAGCAAAUUUAGUAGCUAAAAAUUAAAGAAAAACUAAUCAGAGACGACAACAAACAAAACAAAAAAUGUUACAUUUUAUGUUCGAAUAUCCUGAAAAUUGUUUAAGUACUUAAGUGAGAAUAUCAAAAAACAAAAAUUCAAAAAAUCAAAAAUUUAGUUUUAGUUUUCAACCUUUUUCUUGUAACUCAAAGUCACUUUAAAAAACAAAACAAAACAACCAAACUAAUAAAAGAAACAAAAACAAGUCCAAAACUUUCUUUAGAUGUCUUUUUCUUAGCCCCAUUUUAAGGAUAAUAAGUUAUGACAAAACCAUUCUACUGCUUAUUGUAAUGAUAAACACGGAAUCAAGCCAAAACGGACCCGUGGCUAAAGAAGUGGCGCCAUCACCGCUUAGACAUAUAGCCAGAGAACUUGAAAAUCCUUUGCCAAUGGAACCAGAUGACAAUAAGAUGUCACUGGCCGUCUGUUUGCGGCGCUUUUUAUUGGUUCUGGUCUCUGGAGCGAUUUUCAUUCUAACAGUUUUAUAUUGGAAUCAGGGAGUGAUCAAGACCCAAGCCUACAAUGACGCUUUAGAGAAGCCGAGACAUGGCCAUAAAGAUGGUGCAGCAUUUGCCAUACCCAUUGAGAAAACUUGGACCUACAAAUGUGAGAACGAUCGUUGCAUUCGUCUGCCGUUUAAUCCCAAUGCUAAUGGCAAUGGCAAGGGACAGAAACGUAUAUCAUUCAUCUCAUGCUCCAUGACCUGUGGGGAUAUUAAUAUUUGGCCUCAUCCUACUAUUAAAUCACUGCUGAGUUCUCAUACUCUACGCUUCACAACGGAUGAUGUCCAACUCAAUUUGGAUACACCGCACCGCGAGGUGCAUAAACUUUUGCAAGUGGCCUUCGAUUGGUUUGUCAAGGACUUAAGACAAAUUCAGAGAUUAGAUAUUAGUAACUCUGCCUCAAGUAUAUCAGCUGCUGCUGUUGCUGGUGGUGCUGGCGGCGCUGCUGCUGAUACAGUGCCUGCCAGUGGGGAAUCUGUAAUACGGCGCUCCCAAUUAGAUGGGGAAAAUCAGAGAUCCUCAAUUUUUGGCUAUACAUUUAGCUUGGAAAAACAAGCGGGCGAUGUGGACAGCUUGGAAAUCAAAAUAAGCGUACAAAAAUCAGGGGAUAUUAACUUUAAUAUGGAUAAUGAUGAAAGUUAUCAACUGAAAACUACAUUGGAAAAGCGACGACUUUUGGCUCAUAUAACAGCGCAUAGCUAUUUCGGAGCACGUCAUGGCCUUUCUACAUUGCAGCAGAUCAUCUGGUACGAUGAUGAGGAUCAUCUGUUGCACACCUAUGCCAAGAGUGUUAUAAGUGAUGCACCAAAAUUUCGUUAUCGUGGCCUUAUGUUGGACACUUCGCGGCAUUUCUUCUCAGUGGAAUCGAUUAAGCGUACCAUUUCGGCCAUGGGUUUGGCUAAAUUGAAUCGUUUCCAUUGGCAUUUGACAGAUGCUCAGAGUUUUCCUUACAUUUCCCGUUACUAUCCCGAGAUGGCGGAAUAUGGUGCCUAUUCGGAGAGUGAAACGUAUACGGAGCAAGAUGUGAGAGAGAUAACAGAAUUUGCCAAAAUCUAUGGUGUACAAGUAAUCCCGGAAAUUGAUGCUCCUGCCCAUGCGGGCAAUGGUUGGGAUUGGGGCCCCAAACGGGGACUCGGCGAAUUGGCCUUGUGCAUUAAUCAACAGCCAUGGAGUUUCUAUUGCGGUGAACCGCCAUGCGGACAAUUGAAUCCGAAGAAUAACCACACCUACCUCAUACUACAGCGACUCUACGAGGAGCUGCUGCAGCUAACUGGGCCCACAACGGAUUUUUUCCAUUUGGGCGGCGACGAGGUGAACCUAGAUUGUUGGGCUCAGUAUUUCAAUGAUACGGAUUUACGUGGACUUUGGUGUGAUUUUAUGCUACAGACCAUGGCCAGAUUAAAGUUAGCCAAUGGUGGCCAAGUGCCUAAAUAUUUGGCCGUAUGGUCGAGCGCCUUGACCAAUACCAAAUGUCUUCCAAAUAGUCAAUUCACUGUUCAAGUCUGGAGCGGCACGUGGCAAGAGAAUCACAAUCUACUCGAUAAUGGUUACAAUGUGAUAUUCUCUCAUGUGGAUGCCUGGUAUUUGGAUUGCGGUUUCGGUAGUUGGCGUGCCACAGGAGAUGCGGCUUGUUCACCAUAUCGCACCUGGCAGAAUAUCUACAAACAUCGGCCAUGGGAACGCAUGCGUCUGGACAAGAAGAGGCGAAAACAGAUUCUUGGAGGCGAGGCUUGCAUGUGGACAGAACAAGUCGAUGAGCAUCAAUUGGAUAAUCGACUGUGGCCUCGAACUGGUGGUCUGGCCGAACGUUUAUGGUCCGAUCCGAAUGAUGAUCAUGAUUUUGAUAUAGUACCGCCGGAAGUAUUUCGACGAAUCUCAAUAUUUCGCAAUCGUCUGGUCGAAUUGGGCAUUAAAGCUGAGGCUCUAUUUCCAAAAUAUUGUGCGCAGAAUCCAGGCGAAUGCAUUUGAUAUUAUAUUUAAGCAGGCUCAUUGUCGCCGCCUUCCUAAACCUGCAAAAAAAAAGAAGAACAAAAAAAUGACCUCUCGCUCCCCUUCCCAAAAAAAAAAAAAAUAAAACCCAAAUGAGCGUUAGUUAGUUAUUAGUAUAA